GCGACCGUCCGGAGGGCCUCGCGCCGGGACGGGGGCGCCGGGACUGCGUGUUAAAGGCCGUAGCGACCUGUGCACAUUUAACAGUUUUUGCUGACUUCUGUACAGUCUUAUAAUCCUACAAAACUAUUAUAUUGAAAAAUCAGGUUCUCAGAAUCGGGUUUAAUCGGAUGCGUUGGUGGUCAGCGUCAGUUCCGGACAGUUUGUUUCUUCAUUUCUUUUCCAGGAAUUAUCUGUAGAGUAGGUAUGCUGACGUUGCACAAGGCAGCAGCGGCUCUUCCUAAGCCGUCAAGAAGCAGGAUGUGUGAGUUUUUAAGAAGUUUUGGCUUUGAUCCUGGAAAACUGUUUCUUCAUAAACUAAUCCUGGGGAUUGAGACCAGUUGUGAUGAUACCGCGGCUGCGGUGGUGGAUGAUAGUGGAAAGGUUUGGGGAGAAGCCAUACAUUCCCAGACUGAAGUCCACUUAAAAACAGGUGGGAUUGUUCCUCCAGUAGCUCAGCAGCUUCACAGAGAAAAUAUCCAACGAAUAGUGAAAGAAGCUCUGUCUACCAGUAAAAUCUCUCCAAGUGAACUCUCAGCAAUUGCAACUACUGUAAAACCAGGACUUGCGUUAAGCUUGGGAGUAGGCUUAUCAUUUAGCUUACGACUAGUAGACCAAUUAAAAAUACCCUUCAUUCCCAUUCAUCAUAUGGAGGCUCAUGCACUUACUAUUAGGUUGUUAAAUAAAGUAGAAUUUCCCUUUUUAGUUCUUUUGAUUUCUGGAGGCCAUUGUCUAUUGGCAUUAGUUAGAGGAGUUUCAGAUUUUCUGCUUCUGGGAAAGUCUUUGGACGUAGCACCAGGUGACAUGCUUGACAAGGUAGCAAGAAGAUUGUCUUUGAUAAAACAUCCAGAGUGCUCCACCAUGAGUGGUGGGAAGGCUAUAGAACAUUUGGCCAAACAAGGAAAUAAACUGCAUUUUGAUAUCAAACCUCCCAUGCAACGAGCUAAAAAUUGUGAUUUUUCUUUUACUGGACUUCAGCAUGUUACUGAUAGGAUAAUAACACAAAAGGAAAAAGAGGAAGGGAUCCAGAAGGGACAAAUCCUGUCUUCAGCUGCACACAUUGCUGCUGCAGUACAGCACACAACAGCGUGCCACAUUGCAAAAAGAACACAUCGUGCCAUUCUGUUUUGUAAGCAGAGAGACUUGUUACCUCAAAGUAACGCAGUACUGGUUGCAUCUGGAGGUGUUGCAAGUAACUUCUAUAUCCGGAAAGCUCUGGAAAUUGUAACAAAUGCAACACAGUGCACUUUGUUGUGUCCUCCUCCCAGACUGUGCACUGACAAUGGCAUUAUGAUUGCAUGGAAUGGUAUUGAAAGAUUGCGUGCUGGUGUGGGCGUUUUAUACAACACAGAAGGUAUCCGCUAUGAACCCAAAUGUCCUCUUGGAGUAGAUAUAUCAGAAGAAGUUGGAGAAGCCGCCAUAAAAGUACCACGGUUAAAAAUGGAGAUUUGAUUUUUGCUCUUCAAAAAAUCUCUUAAGGUAGUAUUUCAACAUUAAGUUGUGAUUUUUUGUGUAUGAAAUUUUGGAAGAUACAUAAUACUAAUUGUUUAUCAAGACUUUCUUUUGUUUUUUUAUGUUUGAUAUUUAACCUCUUCUGAAAGACUGUUAAUAAUGUCAUAGUCUUAUAAGGGAGUGUAAUUUUUUUAUUAUCAAAAUUAAAGUAAAACAUCUUGUGCGGAAAAGAAUGUACUGAUAUUGGCAAGUAGAAAGAAAACCUUGGAAGAUAUACAAUGAUUCUGCUAAAUCUUGGCCCCAUAUUAAACAGGCUUAGACUUUUUUCUCUUUUCCUCAUAUUAGGAUUAUAAAAGCUAUUUUUUUAGAUUAUAUUCUAUGUAUCUUAUUUUAAGCUAAUUGAAGUACAGUUGACUUACAAUAUUAUAUUAUGGUGUGCAACUUAAUGACUCACAUUUAUAUGUAUUAUGACACUAUGAUUAAGUAUAGUCUCACUAUCUGUACCAUGCAAAGUUACCACAGUGCUAUUGACUCUAUUCCCUCGACUGUACUUUUCAUCCCUUGACUUAUAACGGGAAGUUUGUACUUCGUAAUCCCCUUCACUUAUUUCACCUGCUCACCCCGGUCCCCUCCCCACCUGGCAAACUGAUGGUUAUCAGUAGAAGCUAUUUUUUGAAACAGCCUGACUUUUCUAAUGAGAAAACAAUUUUAGAAAAGUAGCCAAGUCAAAGUCAUGUCAAAUCAGAGAAUUCUAAAUGAAGACAAAAGGUGACUCUCUAACAAAAUGCAAGUUAUUAAUUAUAAAAAUAUGUUAUUAGGUGUCUUCCCUGGAGCAGUUGGGAUGUCUGUCUAUACAUUUCUUAAAAUGCAUCUGAGAUUUUAAGAAAUAUGAUUGACCACAUAUAUUUAUAGCCAUUAUUUUAGAAAUUGUAUUUAAUCAAUGAAAAUAUAUGAGAUGUAAAGGUU